UUUGUUUUUGUUUUUUUUGUGGCUCUGCCAAAAUAGGAGAUAAAGUUAGUCUGUCAAUGGCAAGCUGCGCGUGAGGGCGUUAUUUUAACAUCUCGUUUGGGUGGAGUUGGGAGGGUAAGUUUAGUGCUGGAAGUUGCAUUUUCAUGAAAUCCUGUGGAGUGACCUUUCCUACUGCGGCUGGUGCCUUCGGUGAUGCUGAAAAUAAAAUGGCGGCUGAAAAAGCGAGCGGAGACGGCGUAGAGCUCACACCGAGUCUGACUGUAAAGGAGAAGGAGUCGCUCGAUGGACUGGACAGCCGUCUCUUCGGAUUCCUGAGCCUCCGCGAAGAUGGCGCCAGGACGAAAAUGCUACUGGGGAAGGCUGUUCACUGCUACGAAUCUUUAAUAGUAAAAGCUGAAGGAAAAGUGGAAUCUGAUUUCUUUUGUCAAUUAGGUCACUUCAACCUUUUAUUGGAAGAUUAUUCAAAAGCAUUAUCUGCAUAUCAGAGAUACUACAGUUUACAAUCCGAUUACUGGAAGAACGCUGCCUUUUUAUAUGGUCUUGGUUUGGUAUACUUCUACUACAAUGCAUUUCAUUGGGCAAUUAAAGCAUUUCAAGAUGUACUUUAUGUUGACCCCAGCUUUUGUCGAGCGAAGGAAAUUCACUUACGGCUUGGGCUUAUGUUCAAAGUAAACACAGACUAUGAAUCUAGUUUAAAGCAUUUUCGUUUAGCUUUGAUCGACUGUAACCCCUGUACUUUGUCCAGUGUUGAAAUUCAGUUUCAUAUCGCCCACUUGUAUGAAACUCAGAAGAAAUAUCAUUCUGCAAAAGAAGCCUAUGAACAGCUUUUACAGACAGAAAACCUUCCUGUACAAGUAAAAGCAACUGUAUUACAACAGUUAGGUUGGAUGUAUCAUAAUAUCGAUCUAGUUGGAGACAGAACCACUAAGGAAAGAUACGCUAUUCAAUAUCUCCAAAAAUCACUGGAGGAAGAUCCUAGUUCUGGUCAAUCUUGGUAUUACCUUGGAAGGUAG